AUGAAAAUAGGUAUGAAGAGACGACGAACAGCGACCAACACUUUGCAUAAAACUCAUUCUUCUUCAUUGCCAGCAUGCUGUCAACUCAAUCCCACACUCGCCGAAACAGAUGCCAACAUGGCUCGUGCUGAUGGCUUAUUGGAACGCUAUGGACCUGGAGACAUUGAUCUACUUGUGCUUCCUGAAAUGGCCUUCACAGGCUACGUAUUUGAAUCGAGUGAAGAGAUUGAGCCGUAUUUGGAGGAUGAAGAAACAGGACCUUCUGUCAUGUGGGCAAAGAAAGAAGCUGUUCGAUUACAAAGCUUUGUCGUAGUGGGUUAUCCGGAGCGUACAAAAGAUGGCAAGUGCUACAACAGCCUAUGCUGCAUCAAUCCCAAGGGCGAACGAGUGAAGACCUAUAGGAAAGCCUUUCUUUACAAGAAUGAUGAAUACUGGGCAUUGGAAGGACCUGGCUUUGAAUCACUGGAGAUUGAAGGACUUGGAAAGGUUGGAUUUGCCAUAUGCAUGGAUAUCAAUCCAUAUCAAUUCAAAGCCGAUUUCACAGCGUAUGAGUUUGCAAGGUUCCAUACUACUAAAAAGACACGGCUGGUGAUUGGAUGCAUGUCCUGGGUCAAAGGCGGUGAUGUUUUAUCCACCAUUCGUUACUGGGUGCAACGACUUUUACCCCUGGUGAUUGGCGAAGAAGAAGUAUGUUUCGUAGCAUCCAAUCGUAUUGGCACAGAAAGAGGUGUUACUUUUGCUGGAGGCAGUUGUCUGAUCAACAUGGGGAACCAAACACUCGAUUUGAAGGGCUACUUGGAUGAAAAUGAAGAAGAUGUACUAGUUGUCGAUGUAUAG